AUGAACUGGGCCCGUGUGGUGGACGCUUUGGCUACACUGCACGCCGGAGCAGAUGGGAAGUCAGAUGGGGUGCCAUAUAUUGAGGCUGUGCGGACGGUGGUCGAGGAGCUUGGCGCACUUGAGGGCAACCCCAAGUGCAGCCUCAGCAUAGCCCUGAUCACCGAUGCGCUGCAGAGCGCCCCCAGCGACCCAGGCAGCGACCAUAUCGUGCACCUGUUGGCUCGCCUGGCAGCAGAAUUAUCCCAAGACGCGCCGCGCCUGGAAGAGGGUUCGGCAGUUCACCUGCCGUGCUGCCCCG